UUAACUACGUCGUUUCGGGCGCAUCCGAAUCUCGCACUCGAGCUUCCCUCUUCGUCGUCGUCGUCUCCUCCUCUUCGAGCGAAGAAGACUAUCUUGCUGCUCCAAUCGGUGCCGGCGAAUUACGUUGUCUGCCUGCGCCAAGUACAAAGAUGAGACAUUCGGUGAAUCGCCCCCCAACGCCAGAUGCAGCAGAGGAUCAGGAAAACGUGCCUACUCUCCAAGAGAUUAUCAACAUCAAGCUGAUAGAAAGUGGAGAGAAGGAACGGCUGAUGGAGCUGUUGAGGGAAAGGCUUACCGAGUGCGGUUGGAAAGAUGAAAUGAAAACGCUUUGCAGGGCUUUUAUAAAGAAGAAAGGUAGGAACAAUGUCACUGUGGAUGAGCUCGUACAUGUCAUUACCCCUAAGGGAAGAGCCUCUGUUCCCGAUUCGGUAAAGGGCGAACUGCUGCAAAGAAUUCGGACAUUCCUCAAUUCAGCCGCUUUGUAAUGCGCCCAGCAUGUCAUGUUGUCCGAGUGUGGAACUCCGACUCAAUUUGAAGCAUCGAGUUGUUGAAGGGGGCAGGAUCAGCGAUCUGUGCAGAUCAGAAGCACGGGGCAGUGAGGACGGGAGCAUUUCUUUCGAUGGACAGAACAACUUGCUGUCUCGAAUAUCCUGGUGUUUGUAGGUUUCAAAUGACAGAGAAAGCAAUGUGUGUUUUGUAUAAUGUCAACGAGUCCUAGAAGUCACUAUAUAUGUAGGAGGAAAAAAAAAAUGGAGACCUUGUGACUGAGCUCGGAUUUCGCGUGAUGGAAAUUUUAUUUGGACGAGUUGUCCA